AUGUCAUCAUCACACGGACACCACGCUUACCACUUAGUUGAUAUAAGACCCUGACCUUUAACAGGAUCAGUAAGAGCCAUAAUACUAACCACAGGGCUUGUUAAAUGAUUCCACCAAUUUAAUAUAGACUUGCUCCUGCUAAGAUUUUUAGCUACUAUUUUAACAAUAAUUCAAUGAUGACGAGAUGUAACACGUGAAGGAACCUACCAGGGGCUCCACACCCAAGUUGUAAUAAAAGGGCUUCGUUGGGGAAUAAUUCUUUUUAUUGUAUCAGAAGUAUUGUUCUUUUUUUCAUUUUUUUGGGCAUUUUUCCAUAGAAGACUUUCUCCAACAAUUGAAAUUGGAAUAUGUUGGCCACCAGUUGGUAUCCAACCUUUUAAUCCUUUCCAAAUUCCGCUUUUAAAUACAACUAUUCUUUUGUCAUCAGGAGCUACCGUAACAUGAGCCCAUCAUGCUAUUACAAGAUCAAAUCACUCAGAAGCAAUUCAAAGUCUUGCUUUAACUAUUUUUUUAGGAUUAUAUUUUUCAGCUCUUCAAGCUUUCGAAUAUGCAGAAGCUUCUUUUACAAUUGCAGAUUCUGUUUAUGGAUCUACUUUUUUUGUAGCAACUGGUUUCCAUGGGCUUCAUGUUAUUAUUGGGACUUCCUUUUUAGCUGUUUGUUUCUACCGACUUUAUAAAUGUCAUUUUUCUUCAGACCAUCAUUUUGGUUUUGAAGCAGCUGCUUGAUACUGACACUUUGUAGAUGUUGUUUGGUUAUUUUUAUAUAUCUUUAUCUAUUGAUGAGGAGGUUAA